CCAGUACAGUACCCACUACCAUAUGUGGCUAUUUAAAUUUAAAUGUAAUUAAAUUAGAUUAAAUUAAAAAUUUAUGGGUUUGUAUCCUGAGCAAUGCCUACAAUGGAAGAUUCCUCCCUAGGAGGCAGCUGCCUGUCAGCAUGGGCUCAAGAAUUUGUGAACAGCAAAAUCCAACCUGGAAACGUGGUUGUGUUCACUAAGCCCACCUGCUCCUACCGCAGAAGGAUCCAAGAGCUCCUCAGUCAAUUGUCUUCACAGAAGGGUUUUUGGAAUUUGUUGAUAAUCACAGCCACUAGUUACACAAUCAAGAAUCAAAAUUAUUUGAAACAGCUCACAAGAGCCAGAAAGGUACCUUGGGUCUUUAUUGGUAAAGAUUGUAUAAGUGGAUGCACUUAUCUGACAGAAAUGCAUCACAGUGGGGAACUGUUGAAACAGCUAAAGCAAAUUAGAGGUCUAUAA